AUGUUGGAGAUUUGUGGAUGCUAUUUUUCUACCAGCUGUCACCACAACACCAAAUUUUAUUCUGAUCCUGUUGAAGCUGUAAAAGAUAUACCCAAUGGGGCAACCGUACUUGUUGGUGGUUUUGGAUUGUGUGGGAUUCCUGAAAACCUCAUUGGUGGUUUACUGAAGACUGGAGUAAAGGAAAUAACAGCAGUCAGUAAUAAUGCAGGUGUUGACAAUUUUGGACUUGGUCUUCUGCUUCAGACUAAGCAGAUAAAACGCAUGGUGUCAUCAUAUGUUGGGGAGAACGCUGAAUUUGAACGCCAGUAUUUAUCUGGUGAGCUUGAAGUUGAGCUUACACCUCAGGGUACGCUCGCUGAACGUAUUAGAGCAGGAGGAGCAGGAAUCCCAGCAUUUUAUACCAGUACCGGCUAUGGGACGCUGGUGCAGGAAGGGGGAGCGCCUAUCAAAUACAACACAGAUGGCACUAUUGCCAUUGCUAGCCAGCCAAGAGAGGUGCGAGAAUUUGAUGGCCGUCACUUUAUUCUGGAGAAGUCGAUUACAGGAGAUUUUGCUCUUGUGAAGGCAUGGAAGGCUGAUCGUGCAGGAAACAUCAUUUUCAGGAAAACUGCAAGAAACUUCAACCAACCUAUGUGCAAAGCUGCCAAGACAACUGUGGUAGAGGUGGAAGAAAUUGUUGAUAUAGGAGCAUUUGCCCCAGAAGACAUUCAUGUUCCCAAAAUCUAUGUUGAUCGUUUGAUACAGGGAGAGAAGUUUGAGAAGAGAAUUGAACGCUUGUCAAUCCGAAAGCCUGAAGACUCAAAAGCAAAACAAAAACAAGGAGACAAUGUGAGGGAAAGGAUCAUCAGACGGGCUGCUUUAGAGUUUGAGGAUGGCAUGUAUGCUAAUCUGGGUAUUGGAAUCCCACUGCUGGCCAGUAACUUCAUCAGUCCAGACAUAACUGUUCACUUACAGAGUGAAAAUGGAGUCCUGGGUUUGGGUCCUUAUCCACUCGAAAAUGAAGUAGAUCCAGACCUGAUUAAUGCAGGUAAGGAGACAGUCACAGUUCUUCCAGGUUCUUCCUAUUUCUCAAGCGAUGAAUCAUUCGCGAUGAUAAGAGGAGGACAUGUUGAUCUGACAAUGCUUGGAGCUAUGCAGGUGUCUAAGUAUGGUGACCUGGCCAACUGGAUGAUUCCUGGUAAGAUGGUGAAAGGAAUGGGUGGUGCCAUGGACCUGGUAUCCAGUGCGCAGACCAAAGUGGUUGUCACCAUGGAGCACUCAGCUAAGGGUAAUGUCCAUAAAAUCUUGGAAAAGUGCAAUUUACCACUUACUGGGAAACAAUGUGUAAACCGCAUCAUUACAGAGAAGGCUGUGUUUGAUGUGGACAAGAAGAAGGGAUUGACCCUUGUGGAAAUCUGGGAAGGACUGACAGUGGAUGAUAUCAAGAAAAGCACUGGCUGUGACUUCACGGUUUCACCAAAACUAAUACCAAUGAGGCAGAUUUAAAUGUGAAAUACAGACUGGGCUUAACUUGCCAGAAGGCUUGUUUCCAAAUGGGAGCUCAGUGAAGAGAAAACGAUGACUGUUUUGCAAUUUUUCUUUUUUUUUUUUUUUAAGGGCUUUGUAAGUAGUUUCCAGAUAGUUAAACUCAGGCUAAAUGAGUGACUGUCAGCCUAAAUUGUAUUUUACUUUCAUAACAUUACCAAUUUUAAUGGAAGGGUGAAUUUAUUCCCUGAAUUUUGAAUAAUGUUAUACUAAAAUGUUAAUGAAUAUUGUCAAAAAAAUGCCUUGUAGUCUCCCUGCCAAAUACUACAUUUUUUACACAGAAUCAGAAAAUGACCACGCAAAACUUAUGAUUGCCUCUGCUUUUCCUGAUGUCAUUAAUCUUACAAGUCACUCCAUUGCUUUGGAACUACAGCACUUACCAUGUCCAUUCUCCUCUAAGGGUGUGGGGUUUUUUUUCCAGCAUGUUCUAUAGCAAAUGUACGCAGCUGUAGAGAGACAUCAGAAAUAUGGAUUUGCCUUUUCCUGAAUGUUCUAAUGAGUCUGUGACAAAACUGUUUAUACCGGUGGAAAUAACUGGGUCCUUAGCCCUGAAUGUAUCUGCUGUUUCCACAGUGUGUGUCUGUUGGCGUUAAGAAGCCUACACCUCCCAAAGUCCAACCUCUGACCCCUUCUGGUUAAAUCAUACAGACUAGAAUGGGGCUAGUAUGAAGGAGGAAGAUUAAAAAGUCUCUGUCCCCGUGCAGACAACUGGUAGCUGCACAAUUGUCCCAGGUGAACCACUCUUACUCUCCAGAUAUAAUCCUUCUCCCCAGCCCUCAUUCAGAGGCAAAUGAAGAUUGUUUCUGGAGUGAGGUCUGGCCUUCCAGUGUUACAUACAGAAACAGGGGAAGAGAAUGGUGGGGGCACUUGGAAGAUUCUUCUGAAGGGAAUACAGUUGGUUAAGGGUAAAAGCAGUAAGUUUGCACCACUUGCUGAUCAAGGCAUCGGCAAAAACUAAAGAGUUUGGAACCCAAACUUGUGUUAAAUAGAAUGAACGCCGUGAGACAAUCAAAAUGAAAAGUCAUUCUGUGAUACUGGUUCUGCUAUUUGAUAAAGAUCUUCCUUUCCCUGUUAUUAAUUACAAAAUGACUGUUAUUUUUGCAAAUAGGUAAUAUGACAGCAUUGGAUCUCACAUCCCAAAUCAGCACAAUAUGUCUUUAUUAUACAGAGCAUGAAUUGACUGGAAAUCCGCAUUUACUAAAAUGCAGUGUUCUCUCUAAGUAUAAUGGUUUCUGUCAUUCAUAUAAAUAGGAACACAUAAAACACUUCAGUUAAAAUAAUUCCUGACAUAAUAUUUGACAUCAGGACUGGAGCAGAUUAAGUGACUGAAAAACAUGUAAAAUGUAGAUGCACAAAUAAAUAUAUAUAUAUAUAUAUAUGCGCGCCUAUCAUACAUAUGAUAAGCAGUGUUGGAAUAUGAUAUAGAAGGGCAUUCUAAUAUUAGCUGGAGGAGGUAUUCCCCAUAGUCAGUGUGUGUUGUGGAAGGAAUGUAACAGGUUUCUAGGGAACCAGGUAGGAAAAUCCUGCAAUAUUUAGCUCCUGUACUAGCCUUUGUACUGCAUUUUUAGUUCUAAAAUAGGAAAUGCUUCUCUUUCAUGGGACAGUUACAGAAUUUGUCUUGAUCCACACAUGGGUUUUAGAGCAGUAAAACUGUUUUGAUUAGAGAGAUUAUUUUGUUUACUUGCACUUACUCUAAACAAUUCUUUGAUAAUCUCUUGUCGAUACCAGAAUAGGUUAUCCUUUGUCCCACAAAGGAAUAAACAAAAUGCCUUUGUAAGCAUUUUUAUGCUAGUACAAAAGUACUCCCGUAAUACUAAGUUGUAUGACUUGAACUCAUGGCUACUAAUGGGUGGUAAGCUGUUGUAUAGCCUGAAUGUGUAGGCAAGACCUGAUGCUGAGCCCAUGGGAAAGAAACGUGUUGUACAAAGACUAGUGUUAAUUUCAUGACUAAACAUAUACAAGUGACCUAGUUGAUGGGUAAUUUUCAUGCAAGACUUGAAACUACAUUGAUCAAAGUGCUCCAGAAUAUCUUAACCCACGAUUAGCACAAAUUAGUUUUUACCUAGCUUUAGUUUUCACCUGUUUCGUCUAAUUAGCUGUAUUCCCUAUGUUAUUCACGCAUUCCAAACAAGUUACUUUCUUAAAGUUUGGCCAUUUCUAUUGCUGUGGAGGUGGACUGAAGUUCUGCUGACAGAGGUUUUGCAGAUUAAAAGUCUCUAUAUAACAAAAGUUGACUCUAUUUUAGCUCAGUAUGAAACAGUUUUGGUUUUGGAUAGAGCAGUCUAGAGGCCUCUUUUCCAAUCCAUAAAGACACUUCAGUGACAAUUCUGACCCUUGUGGAGCUGUACACAGCAAAAGUUGCCUAUCUUUGCCUUCAGGGCCAAGGAUGGGUGAAGAGCUACUGAGGGGAUGGGUGUGAUCCCUGAAGGUGUCUUGUUCAUCGUCACUCAAAGCUCUCGUAGAGAGUACCCAGAACAGAUGCUGUUUUUAGGGGCGGAGUAUAAAAACUAUUAUACAGGGGAAGUGAGUUACUAUUAACUUAUCCAGAGAAAAAA